ACUUCCGGCAGUUUCAACAAUAACAAACAUCUGUGUUUGGCUGCUCACCGGUGUCUAAGUAAUUUGCUUGCAUCCUCGAUUUUAAAGGUAUUUCGGCGAGAAGCCACGUAUUUGCUGCAUGCUCGGCUGCUGCCAAACGAGAAGAUCAGAGAUGUCAAGCGAAUCAGUUAAAACGUUUUCGAGUUUGGAGACGCCAGGUUAUGUGGGUUUCGCAAACCUUCCGAACCAGGUUCAUAGGAAGUCGGUUAAGAAAGGUUUUGAGUUCACUCUCAUGGUUGUAGGUGAAUCUGGCUUGGGAAAAUCAACUUUGGUCGACAGUUUGUUCCUGACUGAUUUGUAUUCUGAGAGAGUUAUCCCAGAUGCAGUUGAAAAAGCCAAGCAGACGGUCAAAUUGGAUGCCUCGACCGUUGAAAUUGAGGAGCGAGGCGUCAAAUUGCGCCUCACUGUUGUUGACACUCCUGGAUAUGGCGACGCGAUUGAUAACCACGACAGCUUUAGGGCCAUCAUCCAGUACAUUGAUGAUCAGUUCGAGCGGUACUUGAGAGACGAAAGUGGGCUCAACCGCCGAAACAUAGUAGACAACAGAAUCCAUUGCUGCUUCUACUUUAUCUCGCCGUUUGGACACAGCUUGAAGCCGCUUGACAUCGAGUUCAUGAAGCAGCUCCAUAACAAGGUUAAUAUUGUGCCUGUGAUCGCGAAAGCCGACUGUUUGACCAAGAAAGAAGUUCUGCGCCUGAAGAAAAAGAUCAUGGAAGAAAUCGAAGCCAAUGGAAUCAAAAUUUAUCCACUGCCUGAUUGUGACAGUGACGAGGAUGAUGACUACAAGGAACAAGUUCGUCAGUUAAAAGAAGCUGUGCCGUUUGCAGUGUGUGGUGCCAACACCCUGCUGGAGGUGAAGGGACGGAAGGUUCGAGGCCGACAGUAUCCUUGGGGCGUGAUCGAAGUGGAAAAUCCAGAACACUGUGACUUCAUCAAGCUACGCACCAUGCUGAUCACGCACAUGCAGGACCUGCAAGAAGUGACGCAGGAGGUGCACUAUGAAAACUACAGAUCUGAGAGACUCGCCAAGGGAGCUCCCAAAAAACCAUUGUAUUGUCUUUUCAGAGUUGAGGGUGGUGCAGCGCCGUCUGCUUCUUCAAACGAAAAGGAUCGUAUUCUGCUAGAGAAGGAAGCUGAGCUGCGUCGCAUGCAGGAAAUGCUUGCCAAAAUGCAGGCGCAGAUGCAGCAAACUCAGAAUCAGUGAACUCAGUCUCCUAUGAAAGCAGGCUCCUCAUUUCUCAUUUCUCCAGCGGCAAAACUAGAGGACGCGCAUUUCUAUAGUCUCGAGUUUGAAUGAAUUUCCUCUUAUUGAGAUCUCGAGAGAUUAAUCAUUGCAAUAAUACUAAUUUCCUUUUGGGAUGUGUCCUACCAAGUGCAUUUGAGUGCCAAUCUCAGUCUCUAGAGCGUUACGAAACAACAAUUUCAAUCUUUGCCCCAUUUCACCUAUUGCAGUGUUCAGCUCAACAGGUGCUUUUCAGCUCAAACGGCUCUCUACAUAAGUUUGAAACACACCUCAAAAAGAUAACGUGCCUUUUAGUUUUGGAAUAAAUUCAUUUAUUUUUAAAAAGUACUUAUGUGUAUAAGAGUAUUCUUGAUAUAGUUUUAUAUUAUAUGAUAAACAUCAAUUAUUGCCUUUGAAACGCUUUUUUAUUUUUAAUUUUGUGCUUUAACUGUUGCUUUCAAUUUAUUACGAGUUAAAAUUCCCCACACCAGCAUUCGCUUGUAAAAUCAUUAGUUGAGUCCUAUCUUAUUGCUCUCAUUGUACAAAUUCUUUCACCUAAAGUAAGCAAGAAUAGUUGUCCUGAUGCCAAUAAAUAAUAAAUUUUGUACUCCAAA